AUGAAGUCGAUGAUCUCCGUUCUGGCUUUGAUGUUAACGCUUUCUAGUGCUGAAGGUUAGUAUCCAACGUAUUUUUAACUCUGAGAUUCAGGCGGGAAGUACUAAAUUUAGCCAAGUGACUGAAACAAGUGGUAAUACGGUCAUUGAGUUUUUGCAGAAACUCAUAAGGGCUUGAAUAACCCCUUAUGGGUUUCUGGUUUUUGUAAAUAACAGUUUUUGUCCUGGCUUUGCUCUCUUAAUUCCGAACCUUUUUCAACAAACGGAAGACUUUUGUUAGAAUAUCGAUUAUGACGAAACAAGCUACUUUUAUGCUGAAAAGGAAUUUAAAAAAAUAAUCCUGAAGUACAGAACUUUUGACUUAAUGCAUCAGUCAAUUCCACCUGCGCCCAGCCCCCCCAGGCUGACCCCCGGGCAUUAGCAUUUUUUUUUGCCUUGGAUGGCAAAUUUCCGGGGGGGGAACUCUUGAGCUGUCAAAUUCCCGGGGUGGGGACGAAAAAAAGAGGGCAAAUGCCCCGUCCUCCGUCAACACUGCAACAUUUUUUCAUUGAUCGCACAGUCAAAUAGGGCCGUUUUAAGCAUUUUAAUGUGAGAUUUUUUUGGUUUAAUUAACGUCUUCGUUUGUAAUAGCGCGAGGAUUCUAAUUAAGACUUCACGCCGCGACGACAUGCACCAGUUUUAAUAUGGUUUUAGUAUUGGUAUAAAAUUAUUGACAUUAAAAUUAAUAGAGCGCUGUAAAGUUAUAUGUUAUGAAUAGUUUUAUAAAUAUGAGAGGAUGUUCUUCAAAAUAAUAAUAUCAACAGAAAUUUGAUUCAAUAACCAAAAAACGUUGAUUCACAUCGAUAGCUCCAAUUUCGCUACGUAAUUCUGGCUUGAUAAGCAAUGAAGAAAUGCAUACAUACAUUUAAAAUCGAGAACAUGCCUUUACAACCCUCUACAAUUUAUUUCUGUCCUUGACAAAUGAGCCAAUCUGCUUUUCUUCCAGUAAAACCUUAUAUUCUGAUAGGAAACCACGUGCGUGUCAAAAGCUCGGGAUUGACCCGGGGAUUGGCAAAUGCCCGGCCCCCGGGCAGUGGAACAUUUGCAAAUGCCCCACCCCCGGGACUGACAAGGCGGGCAAAUGCCCCGCAGUUGCCCGGGGGGGGGGGCUGGGCGCAGGUGGAAUUGACUGAUGCAUAAACAUUACAAAACCUUUUCCCAGCAUAGAAACACUUACAAAAGCGUCUUUUCAGACUGGUUCUUUUAAUAAAAACAUAACAAACCUUUUCACCCAUUUUUAAUCUAAAUUUUCACAAACGAAUACGACCGAGUCAAACGUAUUCCCAACAAUGUUUUUCGGACCUCCUAUCAAAAACACCAUACUUUUCCCAGACUAAAGUCAGUCAAAGCUAAAAAAAGGUAGUUAGUAGAACCCUUGACCCUUUUUUGGGUAACUUUCUUAUAACUUUCCAUUAUUUUUAACCCCUUGAAAGCGACUACUUGUAUUUGAUACCUUCAUUCAUUGAUUAAUAGUAAUAAUAAUAAUAACAACAACAAACAAUGAUAAAAAAAUAAUGAAAGACUUUGCAAUGCAUAUAAGACUUUCCAAUCGAAAUCUUGCAAAGAAGUUUAUUAUUUACAAUUUACUUUUAUUUUUAUAGCGUCAUGUGUGUCAACCUCAGCACCACCAACCCCGCCACCCCCCACACCCCCACCUACACCUCCACCUACAACCAAACCACCAGCGAGUAAGUACCGGUAAAAAGUAUAACUAGAUCCGCUGGCUCCGAACAGGAUAAAGUUAAUCCUGUUAGAAUUAGCUGCACAAACAGAUGUUACUUAAAACGAACAACGGGGAAAAAAAAAAUCAAAAAUGAGAACAAAACCUGACUUGAACUCAGCCCUAUCAGUCACCUGAUUACCAAUUCUUUGUUUUAUUCCCACUUUUUCUUAGCCCGUUCCCCGGGUUCGUUUCCCGUUCUCCGUUUUAGUAAAGUACCACAUAAACAUGCAAAAUAGGCCUAUCGGAUGAAGGGCAUUGCUCGUGCAUGAAUAGAAAAAAAGUACUAGUUUGUUGAUACAGUAACUCCUUUAUUGACCAAGUUUGUUAUAUCUUACUCAGACUACACUAAUUUCAAUUUACGCCGACACUUUCAAUUGUUUGGCUCAUUUGCAGUAAGAUCUCAAAUUGCACCUUAUGAGCAACAGUAUAUACUGGUAAAGGUUUGCGCGUAAUUGAAGCAUAAUUUGUUUGACAAAUGGCGCUCACUUCAUUUUACUGACACUUACAUAAUCAUAAAUUUUUGAAAUUUUCACUUGUUUGAAUAUACCACUGUAGAGAAUGAAAGACCGCAAAACAGAGAAAAACAAAUUGCAGAAUUAGUAACUCAUAUUAGUCUAUACUCUCGGGGACAAUAUAGCUUUCAAACAAUCACACGAGUGCACAAAAAAUAACUCAGCUAUUGUGUAUGGAAAUGUUGCUUCCCAGAUCCUGCCUGUGAUUUCGAAAGGAAUUUGUGCGAAUGGCGGCAGAGCAAAUCGGAUCAGUUUGACUGGACACGCAAAUCAGGAAGAACGGCCUCUAGUAAUACAGGACCAUCAAGUGGACAUGGAGGAAAAGGUUAGGUUUAAUUAUAUGAUCUUUUAAAAGCAUUAUAAAGUACGUUAAGAAAAUAAAACACAAACAAGCCUCCGUUGGCUAAAUGUGGCUCUAGAUUGUUGAAGAAAAGACGAGGCAAACGCAAGCGUCUUCACCUGUUUAGGUAUGCUCCUGGUAUCCUUCGGCGAGGCUGUGAAUGACAAGAAGAUCGGAGAGGCAAAAAAAAGAUAAAAUAAAUUUCAACCGCUUUCUAUUUGUAGGAUUUAAAUUACUAAAGCUCUUGCUUAGGGAUAUCAGGGGCCCAUGAGUAGUCAUGGGCCCCUGGGAAUAUCUUUUAAGGGUAAGCUACUGACCCAGUUUGGUCUCCGGUGUUCAGUACUUGAUAAUUCUAACUGCCGACAAUCAUGCCGCCUGCUUCACAUGGAGUCACCCAACCGGAAGGGGUAGCCAAACACCAACGUCUUUCCGUCAGCCCUUAUUUGGCUCUAUACUAGGCAGGAACUUUGCACUUUCUUGCGAGCUUACUGGUGCAAGAAGUCAGAAGAAUAUUCUUACUUGAGAGCUAACACUUUUUUUAUACUGCUUAACCCUUUGGUGACGUUCGGCGAGUAGCCAAAAAAACGCAUUUUUCACAAAUGCCUCAUUUUUGGAAUGGUUUUUAGCUAAUUAUGGUACUUGGGUUAAUGUUUGCUGGGUAUGUGCCUCUGGCCUCUCAGAGCUCCUACCCCAUUAUAGUCUAUUCUUUCCAAUUAUAGACCCCGUCUUAUUCACUUUUUGGAAAAUGUAAUUUUCGCCAUCCCAACUAAGUCACUUUCUAUUAAUGCAUCUAUCUUAUCAACGUGGUAUCAAGCGGCGGAAUGUAAUGCGGUCAAUGCGAGCUUAUUGUUAAAUUUAAUAAACAACAACUUUCUGAAUUUUUAACCGAGAAUCUUCCCAUUUUGAAUCUCUACUUACCCCAAAAAUCCGAAAAUUUGCGACCCCAUCCUAGUAACUCUAUUGAAAGUGCAACCCCAUUAAAGUCACUCAAGUCGACCCCAUCAAGCGGCACAUCUCCAUUAGCCUCUUGUAAGGGAGUACCCCCCCGGAUCAGAAGUCAGAAGUCCGUAAAAAUCAGCUGAAUACACUGAACCGUUUUGACGGUUAAUACUACUCUGCACUUUUGACGGUUUACGGUUAAGUUUUAGGCCGUUUGACAGCUGACGGUUAACCAACUGAGACCAUCCUUAAAAAGCUUGCGACAGGGAAAGUUGAAAACUGCUCAUUACGCUAAAAACCCGCUAAUCUUAUUCUCUUCGCAGGCUAUUACAUCUACAUUGAGACAUCUAGCCCCAGACGUCUAAAUGACAAAGCAGUUCUUACGUUGAAGGGUGGCUCUUAUCAACAACCUAUGUGUCUUUCGUUUUUCUAUCAUAUGUAUGGACGAAACAUUAAUAGGCUCAACGUUUACAACAGAGGCGCUUUAGUUUGGUCCAAGGUUGGCCAGCAAGGAAAUGCAUGGAAGAAGGCUGAAGUGCCAAUCACAAGAUCGGUAGACGUAAGUUAAUGGAAAAUAAUUUUUCAUUUUGCUUCAAAUUCUUCACUGAUGUGAGCAACGCGUCUGGAUAAAGCACUUUUGGCCGAUUUUAUUUACAGUCUUUCUUUAAGUGUACGGAAUAUAAAAGCACACAGAAAUAUGACCGCUCUACUGACGCCCCACUGGAUGCAUGCCACUCUAUUCCAGUUUACUGUGAUUAUAUGGUUCCCUUUUUACUUGAGAAUUAUUUAAAACUAAGGAGAGAAAAUAAAGUAUAACAAUGAUAAAUAGUAAUUGAAAGAACAAGCAAAUGGUAUAGUCAUGAAGCACAUCGUGCACCAUGAUGUAGCGUUCUAAGACGUUUCAAAUAAACCUAGCUAAGCCUUAUGAAUUCACAUUCCCCGACCCUAGAUCCUUCUUUGUGCGCGGUUUAGCCUGAACGAGAUGAGGUGCGCGAAUGAAACAGAUCUAACAGUAGGUAUGUUGAUUUCUGACGGCAGUCUGCGUUUAUUUCUUAUAGCUCAAGAUUGAAGGAAUUCGUGGCAGUUCUUGGGCAGGAGAUAUUGCUAUAGAUGAUAUAUUAUUGUCUGCAGGCAGUUGUGGAAGUGUGAUACCUACCACACUUGGACCAACAGGUUAGCCAUGUGUGUUUAGAUUGUUAUAGCAGUUAUCUUCUAUCCUCCCCAGAGACUACCGCUGGGUAUUCCAAUAAACAUGGCAAUAAUUCCAAAAAAAUUAGUAAGCGCGCAGUGGGCGAUGGGACGUGGGAGAAGGCGGGAGCCUCCGCCUUUCUCUCUUUACCCUUCCCAUCGUCCUCUGGGCACUUUCAUUUUUCCCUCUCCCCAGUCCCCAUCCUUCCGAAGACACAACAAACCGACAAAGGAGAGAGGCAAAUAUCAACAACUUAAUUCUGUUUUUCUGAUACACUCUUUUUUUCUAUAAGAAUAUAUUUUAUAAGAAUAUCGAGGUUGAAAUUUGCGAAAUUUUAAGAAUAUUUUAAGAAUAAACUCGAGGCUGAGAUUUUGAAAAGAAUAUAAUUUUGUGUGUUCAAAAACUUAAAUACAAUACAAUUAUAUGUUUUCAACUUAUUCCAUUCUCUAAACGGUAAAACUUGCCAAGAAAACGAAAAAACCUGCUCCUACUAUAAUUGAUACCCCAAUAUAUUCUAAAUUGACGGAAAUGUCGUAAGCUAUAAUUUAAGAAUAAUACGAGUAUUAUACGAAUAUUUUCAGCCUACAAUCGGAAGAAAAAUAAGAAUAUUCAGCUUGGGCCGGAGAAACAACAUUCUUAUAUAAAAAGGGAGUGUAUGCAAGCAAUUCAGCGUGUUGCGCAAGUUUUAUUGCAACAUGGAUGCGCGUCGAUAUUGUGAACUUUGUUUGAUACUCUCAUAAUUAUUAAUCCGGAUCAGUCGCAUCAAGACCGCGCGCUUAGUACUUCUAGGCCUUCAGGUUAUCGACAGGAUGGGUUUUAGUUCAAUUAAGUUCCAAGGCUUCUAGUGAAGAGAAAAACAAGCAGACAGGCGUCUGCAUAUACGCAAACAAAGAUGCACUUAAAAAGUUGUGGUACAGCGUUUUGUUAUUAGGAACUUCAAGAUGUCUCACAAAUGAUUGUGAUAAAAAAAGGCUAUUAGAAGUUUUUGUCACUUUAGUCGCUACGGUGAUCACAGACAAGAAGGAUGACCUUUUUCUCAAUAAUGGGCGCUGAAAAAAGCAAUUGUCUCGUUUUAACAGGAAUUAUUUCAUCAGAAGCGGGUGUCCAUCUAGGGCAGAAGGUUGACUGUACAUUCAAAGUUUUGAACACUGUCUCGAUUGAAUUUUUAAUUCAGUAUAUUUAUACUUUGAAUAGUCGUACCUGGUUCAUGCGGUGCAUCACCUGUUACCCGUGUCAUCGGUGGAAUUGAUGCUAAAACUGGAAAUUGGCCUUGGCAGGUAACUAUCAUUUAUCUUCUUAGUUUUCGAAUCAAAUUUAUUUUAGCUGUGUUUAAUAUUGAAUGACGACCGAAGAAAUAGAAAACAGAAUUAGGAAAGAGGAAAUUGCUGAAAGAAGUUUAAACGCCUGAGUAACGUUGCUUUAACUGAAGUAGAAUUGUAUUUCAAAUAAAAGUUAAUUUGUUACCCGACUUAGGUACACGGUCUUAACUUGUCACAACACGGCUGUACGACCAAGAGAUGGGGAUAAGCUCACCGUUCGAUCACCUUAUCAUGGUUGAAAGACGCAACAUGUAUUUAGCCGAGUUGGUGUAGCCGAGUGGUUCUAAGCCAAAAUGACGCACUGAAGUUCAGUUCUUUCAUCGUGUCCUGCAGUCGUUAGGUUAUGGAUAAGCUUUUCAUUCUGGCCAAAAAAGGCAAUAUUCAACAGGAAGAAUUCAGUCGUUUCUUGGAGUUUCUGUUCUGAUUAAGUGAUGAUGGUAUUCUAUAUUAGCAGGAGCCCUUAUGGGCUCCUGAUAUUAGCUUAUUCGCAAUUGGGUAAAACAUCUGGAAGAUAUGACUUUAUUCUGUGAAACACUACACACUUAUUAUACCUUUAUUCUGUAAAGAAAGCGAUCGUUAGUGUUUUUGUGUAUUUUAGUUUAGUAUGACAUAAUGAAUCCGGGGGGGUACUCCCUUAUAUACGCCAUAUAGGGUAUGUGCCGCCCAAUAGGGUGGGGUUUUUGCGCUGUUUUGAUCUGAAAACGGGUACAGAUAUAGACUGCAUGCGCAGAACCUCAAAGGACUAAUUCUAAAUGUCCGUUACUCAAACGGCUGUCUUAUAGACAGACACCGUCUACAUAAUGUCGACUGUCUUUAAAAGUGGUUGCGACAUUCCUAGUACUAUUCAAACAUUUCCGAAAUAUCUUGGAAAUCUGUUUAUGCCCGGUAAACAAACCAACUACGCGACAGACAAGCCACGCGAUGAUUUCGUAAACGCUAAAAGCCAUGCAAGAGAGAAACCUUUGCUCUGUUUGGAAAAAAGUCAAAAAUCUUAGUUUGUACUGAGGAAUGGUCGAAACAGAAUGCCGAAAAAGCCGAAGAAUAUAUUCCGAAUAUUCGAAAAUUCUAUCCGACCUUCCUUCCGAACAAAUAUUUACCGAAAUCAGUACCCGUUGAGUGCCCCUGAUACCGUCUUAUAGAGUCUGUCUUAUAAUGUUAAGAGAGUCGACUGUUUAUAUCUACCGUCGGGUAAUCUGCCACCUAAAAGCCCCACCACUCAUAUAAGCCCCCCCGCCCCCCGCCAGUUAUGGACCCAUCAAAAACAAAACAUACUACCUAUUAUAAGCCUCCUCCAAAUGUAUUGAAAUGAGUUCUAUCUGUUAUGACGUUAUGAAGCUUAAUAAAAAAACCAAUAAAUGCAAAACGUAUUUUGAUCAGCACUGCUUUAGCUUGUUUCGAAGCGCUUUUUCUAAUCCGGUAAUAAGCCCCCUCGGAUAUGAGCCCCUCCCCUUGUAAUCCCUCCUAAAACCCUUUACUAAGAUCGGUAUAAUCCCAGGGCUCAAUUAGGCUGCAGUUUACGAGUUUAUACGUAGAUGUGAAAUUCCCCCUUCACUCACUCAUCACACCUUCAGGCCUGACCAAAAUCAAAACCAAAGUAUGGCCUUCAGCUGAAACAAUUCAUCAUUUACUUAAUGUUUUUAAAAGCCCCCUUUUAAGAGUUUUUCUGCUCUUAUUACUUUGUUAAGAUCGCUCUUCUGAAGGGAAGCUCAAAGUCGUUUAGCUGCGGUGGAUCUUUAAUUGCUCCUGACUGGAUUGUGACAGCGGCACACUGCAUUUCAUCCUUGUAAGCAUUAUCACGAACGUUUUUUAUAUGCAGAUUAUCCGGAGAUUGUAUAAGCACUUUUCCGCUGGGUCAGUAUAGUAAUUCAAAAACUUUGACUGUACAAUGAAUCAAUUGAUAAGAUAUAGUAGGAGUUCUAAUCGCCUUCUACCUGGGUAACCCCAAAAAACAUGUCGAGGGAGCCGUUUUUUGCAUCUUGAGUGGAAAGAGACAUUGCACAAAAAAUACUUUUGAUAUUGCAAACAAAUUGAUGACUGACACAAAUGAAAAUCGUCAGCGAACCCUAUUUCCGGUCGUCUCUUCUCUCCCUAGGUCUGUGUCUCGCAGGCUUUAAUCAGCUCCCCGUUUGUAAGCUGCACAACAACACACUGACACAGUGAAAAGAAAAGUUAUAAUCAUAUGAAUAAUGAAAGAACGGCAGACACCCAGUUAAAAAUGCCAUCGGCUAAUGAACCUCUUCGGGCUCUCCGAGUGAUCAAUCUUUUAAUUUUGUUUUUAAACCAGAUCAGGCUCGUAUUACACUAUUAGACUGGGAGACCAUGACAGAUAUAGCAAUGAAGGAACUGAAGAGGAUAUUCCAGGAAAAAGAGUAAUCAGGCAUCCGAGCUAUAACAAUCCAAGCCCAAUCAACAACGAUAUCGCCUUGAUACAGCUUGCACGACCAGCCAAAUUAAGUGCAAGAGUUGGUACAGUCUGCUUGCCUGCACACCAGGAAAACGUUCCUUCUUCUGCGAAAUGUUAUAUUACAGGUAAUGAAAACGGAAUUUUGUUUCUUAAUUUUCUUUAUUACUCUUGGUUUCUCAGAAAGUUUAUUAAUCUCUUUGAUUGUUAUCAUGAACAGGUCCUCUUUCGUGACUUAGUUUUGCGCAUGUCUGCUUUCAAAUGGAACUGAUGACAUAUUUCUAUCUUCUGCAAAACUAAGCUGAAGGGAUCAUGUAUUUUAUGUUUAAAAAAGUUGUUUUAACCGUGCACAAACGAAAGGUACUUCCCCAAUAACCUUUUCAUGGAUUUUCUCCUUCAAAAUAUCAUUUUUGAACCUACAGGCUGGGGCAAGAUCAAGCAUCCGGGAUCCUCACAUCGUAUUUUGCAGCAGGCCGUACUGCCUCCAGUAGCAAACGAUGUUUGCGCGAAGAAACUGGCCUCAUCACCAGGUAAUGCCACACGGUACAUGAACAAAAUCGGAAAUGCGAAUAUCUUGCCUUAUUUUACUGAUUCAAAAUCUGAGUAUCUAUGUGGCUUAGUUACAAGGCAAAGACGUAUCCAGUGAUCGAGGAAAGACAUGCACCAACACAGACCCAUUACAUUGAGAAAAAAUGUUUUGCCUAGGCUUUGCCUUUUACCUGAUAAGAUACUGAGAAUAACGAGUGGGAAAAAUACACAAAGAAACAAAAAAAGACUAGAAUUGUGUAAUCUUUAGUGCGCUCGAACGUUAAAAUAAAUGGAUUGCAGCGUUUUUCACCUACAAAGAUACAUUAAAAAAAAAAAUCAAAGAAUGUAAUGGAACGACUUUUUCUAAUUCUCAAGUAUUACAGACCGUAAGAUACAACAUAUCUUUGUAUGAGUAAGGAUAAAUUAGCUGCACCCGUAGUCGUAAAAAAUGUAGACUCCCUCUUACCCAGGAGAAACGGUAAACGGCAGAAAAAUUUUGUCAUCGCCUUAGUACAACUACGUGGCAAAGAUGUAAGCCUACUCUUACCAGUAGGUAAAAACGGUUUAUCUUAGGUCUCUGAUUUGUUGAUGUUUUAUCGUAGGCGCGGGCAGACUGAGAAUCACCGACCAAAUGAUUUGCGCGGGUAAGGAAGGAACCAACUUGAGUGGUUGCCAUGGCGACAGCGGUGGUCCUUACGUUUGCCAGUCAGCCAAUGGCAAAUGGUUUUUACAAGGCGCUGUAAGCUGGGGAUCCCCAAGAUGCUCUGCUCAAGAGCGCUACACUGUGUUUGCACGAGUAGCGCAGUUCAGAAACUGGAUAAACGGGUACGUCCGCGUGUAAUGUGAUGGACAUUAAGGAUAAACUAGUACACCCAAGUAUACUACGCUGGGUUGAAUAACAACGUUUGCAUACGUUGAGUAGUGUAGAAGAAAGAGA